AUGGAGGUCAUCAAUGCACAUGCAGCCAUCAAGAAGAUGCAUCCAAUGCUCAAGUCACUAUUCGCUAGUCGGCUUCCUGAGGUCAAAAAAAUACGUGAGAGGGAGCGCAGGGCAGCCAACUUCUUUGAACCUCUUCUCAGACAGAGGCUGUACGCUGAGGAAAACGAUCCGACUUAUAAAAAGCCAAGUGAUGCGAUGCAGUGGAUGAUGGACCGCACGGAGCGCAAGAAUGGCUCUCUCGAUAUAGCCAAGGUUGCCAAGGACCAGCUUCAGCUCAGUUUCGCUGCCGUGCACACCACCACCGCAACAGGCACCAAUAUUCUCUAUACCCUAGCAACAACGCCCGAGUAUAUCGCACCUCUACGUGAGGAAAUUCGGACCGUGCUAGCCAAGCACGAUGGUGUGCUGACCUCGACUGCCUUGGGGCAGUUGGAGAAGCUAGACUCAUACAUGAAGGAAGUGAUCCGCUUUUACCAAAUGGAGACUGGCAGUUUCGGUCGUAAAGUCCUCAAGGGCAUUACGCUCUCAAACGGCCAAUACAUCCCUCCCGGCGUCGUCAUCGAAGCCCCUGUCAACGCCAUCUACCAGGACUCGGAACUCUGGCCCGACGCGCACAAGUUUGACGGCUUCAGACAUUACAAGCUGCGCCACAGUGGCAAAGGUGACGCCACCGUUCAGGCUCGAAAUUUGUUCGUUACGACAAAUGAAACCAAUCUCAUGUUUGGCUACGGAGCGCGCGCUUGUCCUGGACGGUUCUUUGCUGCGAACGAGAUCAAGAUGAUUAUGGCGAGACUCAUCCUGAAUUUUGAUAUCAAGAUGCCCGACGGGUUGACAGAGAGAUAUCAGCAGUUUAGGUUGGGGCGGUCCUCGUCGCCUGAUCCAACGAAGGAUUUGCUAAUCAAGAGGGUGCAGUAUUAAGUGCCGAUCACCAGCACGAAUUGCACGGUUCUGGGUGGUACAAACAAGUGUGGAAAUAGGAGUAGCGGAACACAUUAUCAACUAUGAACAUAUGCUUUGGCACAAGACAAA